AGAAAACAGUAGCAACUCCUUAUUUAUGAACGCAUUCAACUAAACACGCAAAGAUCCUUUCCUACCGCAAAACUCUCAAAAGGAUUUAUAAGCAUCAAUGUUAUCGUUACUAAAUCCUAAGGCAGAGUCCAUUCAGCGCGCACAAGCGUUACAGGUCAAUAUUUCCGCUGCAGUUGGUCUUCAAGAUGUACUGAGAAGCAACUUAGGUCCCACUGGAACCACUAAAAUGCUGGUCGACGGUGCUGGUGGAAUUAAACUUACUAAAGAUGGAAAAGUGCUUCUUACAGAAAUGCAAAUCCAAAAUCCCACCGCUUCGUGCAUUGCUAAGGCAGCUACUGCUCAGGAUGAAGUUACCGGAGAUGGUACGACAUCUGUAUGCCUUCUCGUAGGCGAGCUUCUCAAGCAGGCCGAGUUGUAUAUUCGUGAAGGCCUUCAUCCAUCUUUAAUAAGUGAUGGUUUCGACUUUGCCAAAGUAGAAUCCUUGAAGUUUUUGGAAAGCUUCAAAACAAACUUUGAAUUAGAUCGCGAAGUUUUGUUAAACGUCGCCAAGACUUCAUUAAACACCAAAAUUUCUUCCAAGGUUGUGGAGUCUUUGGCUCCUGCUGUUGUAGAUGCUGCAUUAGCCAUACGAAGAGAUAAUGAACCUAUUGAUCUCCACAUGGUAGAAAUCAUGAAAAUGCAGAACCGUUCAACUUCUGACAGCAAAAUUGUACGAGGUCUUCUUUUGGAUCACGGAACCCGUCAUCCUGAUAUGCCUAAACAGGUGAAGAAUGCUUUUGUUUUAACCUUGAAUGUAUCUUUGGAGUAUGAGAAAAGUGAGAUUAAUUCCGGUUUCUUCUAUAGUACCUCUGAACAGAGGGAACGUUUGGUUGAAAGCGAAAGAAAGUUUGUCGAUCAGAAGCUUCGUAAAAUUGUUGAACUUAAGAAGGAGGUCUGUGAACGAGAUCCUACUUCCAAUUUCGUUGUUAUCAACCAGAAAGGUAUUGAUCCCCUUUCUUUGGAUGUUUUGGCAAAGAACGGUAUCAUGGCUUUACGACGUGCCAAGCGUCGUAACAUGGAGCGUUUACAGUUAAUAUGUGGUGGUGUCGCUCAAAAUAGUGUUGAAGAUCUUUCUCCUGAAGUCCUUGGUUGGGCUGGUUCUGUUUAUGAACAAACCAUGGGUGAAGAGAAGUUUACUUUUGUUGAAGACGUCAAGGAUCCUAAAAGUGUUACAAUCCUUAUUCAUGGACCCAACGACUAUAUGAUUAAGCAAAUUCAAGAUGCUACUAGAGAUGGUCUACGUGCUGUCAAAAAUGCUAUAGAGGAUAAUUGCUUGGUCGCCGGUGCUGGUGCUUUUGAAAUUGCUUGUGCCUAUCAUCUUCGUAAUAAGUUUGCUCAACAAGAAGUUAAAGGAAAAGCUAAAAUGGGUGUCUAUGCUUUCGCUGAUGCUCUUUUAAUUAUACCAAAGACUUUAGCUGCCAACUCAAGCUACGAUAUUCAAGACGCUAUCGUAGCUUUACAGGAAGAAGCUAUGGAAGGAUACAAAGUUGGACUUGAUAUUCGAACGGGUUUACCAUUUGAUCCUGAAAUAGAAGGAAUUUACGAUAACUAUAGAGUCAUUCGUCACAUGUUACAUUCUGCUACCGUUAUUGCUAGCAAUUUAAUUAGCGUGGACCAAAUACUUCGUGCUGGUCGAAGCAGUUUGAAGGAAGGAGCAGCUGAGUAAAGAGAACAAAGAAAAAAAGGUUUGACGUUGAUAUUUUGAAUGUUAUUUUAAUUUGGAGUAGCACA